UUCGUCGAAUAGGAAAUGCGUCAUCGGCGCAAGAUGUUAACGUCACAAUACGUCGCCACCAUGGCCGUCUGUCACUACUGUUGCAGUAUUUGCGUGUCUUGAGAAAUGUGUAUUUUACAGCCAAUUGACCAAAUUGAAGAGAAGGGAUCUCAGCUGCGAUGCCUCCGGCCAAGGCACUUAUAAGCGAUCCAAAGAUUGCUUUUGCCUACCUACGUCCAGCUUGUGUCCUGCUGACUCGCGUGCCUACUUUAAAAAAUGUUGAGACAUUGAGCGCUCAGUUAAAGGAAAUCCAGGAUGCCACCUUGCAGCAGCUUCAAGAGUAUGUCCUCUUCCCCCUCCGCUUUGUGCUCAAAGUCCCCGGGCCCAAAAAGGACAAACUUGUGCAAGCUGUGGUGGAGACUAUCAGUCACGUCCUGGAAAACACCUGUGUUCAAAGCUGGCAGACCCUCCACGACCUCUUCUCAGAGCUCUGCCUCUGCAUUUGCUCCCCAGCCAAUCCAGGGAAACCUGCAGAUACAUCAGAGGAGGUGAAAUUAACAGUGCUGCGAUGCCUGAGCGCUUUGCUUCAUGCAGCAUAUGGCGAUAUUGUCUUGGAAUUCUUCAAAGUCACAAUGUUGCCAGAGCUGGGAGCUGCCGUUUCACUCUUACUGAAUUUGGCAGAGAAAGAGAAAUCCAGAGAUGUUCAGAUAGCAGCUUUGGAGUUCCUGCAGGCUUUGACUCUGCAGUGUGACUGCAUUGAAGAUCAUGUAGUUCCCUCCUCCGAGGAACGGGAAGAAGUAGGCAAUGCCAUGGCUUCGUUCUUACCUGGAAUUACAAUGGCGGUUGCCAGGAUCAUUACAGGGGAUGUCAGACAAGGCCAUGGAGUCACAGUAAGAGCCAUCAAGGUCUGGUCCAGGACGGUCAGCCUCGUCAUGGAAGACGCUCAGCUUCAAUCUAGUGAGCCACCGAAGUCUCCCUCGACUGACCUGGGGAGGAUUGGGCAGCUAAUGGUCGUACGCACACAGGACUGGGUAAAGAACACAUCCGGAAAGCUGUUCCUGCUCCUGAAGAAGAUCAUCUCAAGCACGGUGGCACAUCAACACUGGAAGGUCCGACUGGAGGUGGUGGAGCUGGCUGAACACCUGUUGGACAAGUCUAGUCAGUCUUUAGGAGAGUGUGUUGGACUGCUUCUGGAGACAUUGGUUGGAGCAAUUAAUGAUGAGGAGCCCAAAGUUAGAGAAAGGUGCAAAGUUGCACUCAGAAAUGCGUCCAAGAAAAAUCAAGAAUCUGUCAACCCCAAUGAUAUCAAAUGUAAAAACAACUGUCAGAACUUCACUGACGUUCUUUCGGAAAAUCUUCAUACUCUGGCCACUUCAAUGCCCAGACUAAUGCGGACCUCUGAUGACCAGAAGAAGAUAUUUACCCUUAAUGUCUUUCUGGGUUAUUUAAAGCUCCUAGGACCUUUGGUCUCUGUGGUGCUGAACUCUGCUGUGCAUCUUGAGAGGAUUUCCAAAGCUCUGAUGCAGGUGCUUGAGUUGGACGUCACAGAUGUCCGUAUUGUAGAAGAACGAAGUCACAGUGACACAAUAGAAACAAGUUCAGAUUUCCAUCAAUCAGCUCAAACACGGAGGAAGCGUUUCCUCUUCUUUACAGAUGAGAGGAUCUUUUCUGUGCUCGCAGAGAUCUGUCGAACUUUAGGUUACUAUGGCAACAUUUUUCUAUUGACGGACCACUUCUUGGAUCUGUACCGGCAGUCCUCGGCAUACAGGAAGCAGGCCGCCAUGGUUCUCAAUGAAAUCAUCAGAGGAGCUGCUGGAAUCGCUGUCGUUGCAGAAGAAAAGUCCUUGGAGGGCGAGGAUAGAGGGCUACAAAUCUCCCAGGAAGAACUUAAAGGGGUGGUGAUGCUGGUCAUGGAGGAAUACAUCAGUCUCAACAACUGGCAUUUGAUCACAGUCAAUCAGGAAACUGACAGAGAUCGACAGGACCAACAGCUGCUGAAGCCGCACGUCCUCCUCUCCAUAUCCAACACUUGUGCCGACCCUCUCCAAGUCAUCCCUGCGUCCUCGCCCGCCUCAACGAUCCACCAGCUCAACAGUAACAUCUGGCAGCUGUGCAUCCAGCUGGAGGGCAUGGCCUGCUUUGCUCAAGCCUUGGGAGACAACUUCCGUCCCCUGUUGAUGACAUCGCUGUACCCUGUGCUGGAAAAAGCAGGGGAGGAGACAUUUCUGAUCAGCCAAGCAGCGCUGGACACCAUGUGGGACAUCAGCAAGGCAUGUGGCUACUUGUCUCUGAAGGAGCUGAUCAAUGAAAACUCGGACUAUCUCCUCAAUGACAUCUCACUCAAUUUACAGAGGCUCAGCCAGCAUCCACAGGCUCCACGAGUGCUAACUGUAAUGUUGGCUCACUCUGACUCCACGUUGUUGCCUCUGGUCCGAGACAUUGUCCAGGAUGUGCUAAUGGCUCUCGAUCUCACCUAUGAUAACACAGCCUCUCUCUUCUGCUCUGUACUACACGCACUCAUGAAGGCGCUUGCAAGGUGGUUUCCUUUGAUUUCUAAAACAACCAAGGUGUCUGCCAGAUCAAAACAGACCUCCAUCAACCAGGAAGUCUUCGACAUUCGCCAGUUCCUACUAAACUAUCGUAAACAAAAAGAGCUGGCGGAAGGCAUUGGAAUAGACCAAGACGACGCUGAAGACCUUGAGAUCCCUCCCCCUGUAGAGUUUGAGGAAAAUGCUGAGGAUGGUUGUCCAGAUGUGAAAGCAGAACUUCCCACGCACCUAAGCAUUACCAAAGAUGUUAUGGAGCGCUGCAUUCAUCUGCUGUCUGACGCAAACCUCUGCCUCCGCCUCAAGGCGCUGGAUGUAGUGGAGCUGUGCGUUAGUGUGCUGAGUGAGAGGGAAAAUGAAUUGUUACCCAUGGCCCAUCGCUGCUGGCCCGCACUUCUGCAGAGAUUGACAGCUGAUGACCCACUAGCCGUCCUCAGAGCCUUUAGGGUUUUGUGUACUUUGGGUCAUACUUGUGGCGAUUUCUUGAGAAGGAGGGUCUCCAAGGAGAUUUUGCCAAAGCUGAGCUCUUCUCUGGCUCAACAAGCUCCCGUUAGUGCAAAAGCUGGACCCAUCUACACGCACACUUUGGCUUACAAACUGCAGCUGGCUGUACUUGAGGGACUGGGCUCACUGUGCCAGAGCUUGGACCUUGCUGAAGCAGACUUAGACGUUGUUUGCGAAGCAUGCCUGCCCUACCUAAGCUGCAGACAACCCAUCAAACUGCAAGAGGCCUGCCUGAGUGUUUUUCACCACUUGAUCCAGGUUGACCCCGAUGCCUUCUGGUUCACAUUAAACGAGUUACACUGCCCGUCCUCCUUCGUCCCACCGCACCCUGACCUACAGCCAGUGCGACUGAGCGGGAUGGGACGUCCCCGAGACGAGUACUCGGACAACGUGCUCAAACUGCUGAGGGAGGAAUAUGGCCAAACGGGCGAUGAAUAGAACCGUUGACGGCAAAAAAAAAAACUUAGGUUAAAAAGACAGUCAAGACAUUUAUCAUGUGCAUUCCAGCAGUUUUAACUGUGGAGAAUACAAAUAAAAGUCAGCAAUUUCCAGAAUUGCUUAUCAUAAAUGGUGGCAGACAUUUUUAAAUGUCUGUACUGUUUUAGCCAAUCAUUUGAGUGUCCCAGACUGCCCACCCUUCCUUGUGACAUUAGUGAUACCCAUUGAUCUGUUUCCUUAGUCUGUGUUUUAAGACUAAGUGGUAAUAUUCCAAAGUAACGGUGUGCUCAAUGUAGAUACAGUUCCAUUUUAGAGCAGAUCAAGUGGCAGCCAAUGAGUUAAGUGUUUUUGAAUGAAACAACUUGAGCCCUGCCUGGGAGGUGGUGGUCAUCCAAAGGCCUUCCUCCUGCUAUUUACAAGCAGCUGACAUAUCACCCAUCACUGCUGUUAUUGCUACGCCAUUCAUGUUAUGUUUUAAUGAAUUAGCUCAGUCCCUCUCUGUUAUCGCAUCACCCCUCUGGUCGGGGGGGAACCCCGAGCCUCCCAGCUCAACAGCUCGGAAAUGAAUGUACAAGCCCUCCGGUGUGUGGAAACAAGGACGACACCUUUUCUGUUUAGACGACCCGGCUUAAUGUUAGCAAAUGUGCCGUGCCGUCUCUUUAUCUCAUUGUGUGCCGCAGCUAUUUAUCCCCCCGCCAGCGCUGACAACAGACCCAUUAGUCAUCAGUGGCAACGCGGUGGGAGGGGCCUCUGACACCAACACUUUUGCUGCUGCUUUAAUACAUGCACCAACAGUGCAUGGUAAUAGUAAAUAACUAAAAGGUUGAGCGUUAAAAAAAUAAUAAUAAUGGGUAGUGUCAUGUUUUGGUCAGAUUCAGUGCAGUUAUGUGAUAAUGAACAAGUUUCUGUGUGUGGAUUUCAGCUGAUUGGUAAUAAUACAAUACAUGCAUGUUAUUUAUGCUGAGCAAAAAAUGAUAAUAGUACUGCAGCUUGCAGAAUUUUGUUUUGGACAGGAGAACCGCAAUGUCCACGUAACAUGUAUUUUGUACUUUCUAUUUGUUAUUAUUGUACAUUUCUAAUCAAGUACAAUUUCAGAGUACUAUUUUUGCUUAAUAAAAAAAAAAAAAAAAACAUUCCAAAAUAUUUUUGGGUAUUAGGUUUCAUAUGUCUGUGUUCUAGAUAACUCAAGAAGGGAUAAAGGAACUUGUGGGAUAUUUUUGUAAUAUGAAAAGAAAAAGAUUAAAAUUGGCUGGUUGUAAGGUUGAAGGUCACAGAGGUAAGAAAAUGAAUUCUAUGAUAACGGUUCAACUUAAGCUUUGCAGAGUAGGUGAUUGGGAUGAAAAAGUGUCAGAGGUAUGAAAGAUGAUCAUUUGAAUUUGGCUGCUCUCAGUGCUGUAAUUUUAGGAUUUUUAAUGUUUAAGCAUUAUUCCUCAUGCACAGUUAUGAGCUGUAGUCAUCAUGCCAAGAAAAUACUUUGUGAAAAUAUUUCUACACUGCUGGCCAAAAGUAUUGACACCCCUGCAAUUCUGUCGGAUAAUGCUCAAUUUCUCCCAGAAAAUGAUUGCAAUUACAAGUGCUUUGGCAGUAAUAUCUUCAUUUAUUUUGCUUGCAAUGAAAAAACGCAAAGGAGAAUUGGGGGGAAAAAAUCAUCAUUUUACACAAAACUCCAAAAAUGGGCUGGACAAAAGUAUUGGCACCCUUUGAAAAAUGGUGUUGCUUCUCUAAUUUGUGUAAUUAACAGCACCCUAUACUUACCUGUGGCACAUAACAGGUGGUGGUAUUAACUAAAUCAACUUGCAGCCAGUUUACAGGUGGUGGCAAUAACCAGGGGUGAAAGUGGGCCAGAACGGUCAGGAACGCAGUUCCGGUAUAAGAUUCAGGGCCGGAAUGCUGUUCCAGUACACGAUGCCUUGAUUCCGAAAAUAUGACUGCGACUGUUAAAACGCUAUGUAAAAAAAAAAAAAAAAAAAUGCCAAGCUGCCACACAUGCAUUUCAUCUCCAAGAAGAAAACAAUCUACCAACAUCAGAUUAACAUACACAAGUGUUAACAACAAGCAUAAUAAAGUGCUUGUGUAGCGUCAUCCAUUUCCACCAAUAUUUAUUAUUUAUUUUAUUCCACAGACGGCAUGGAGGUUUCCCCAGCUGCUGCAGAUAUCUGAGUAACGAUGACGAGUCAAGUCAAUGUGCGAAUGCACGCAGCAAAGCAAAACGCCGAGACUCAUUUAUCCGUUCAAUUUCUGAACUGCAAUUUCCGUGCAGUUUCUGAAAUACUUAGACCAGCCCUUCUGGCACCAACAACCAUGCCACGUUCAAAGUCACUCAAAUCACCUUUCUUCCCCAUACUGAUGCUCGGUUUGAACUGCAGGAGAUUUUCUUAAACCAUGUCUAUAUGCCUAAAUGCACUGAGUUGCCGCCAUGUGAUUGGCUGAUUAGAAAUUAAGUGUUAACGGGCAGUUGGACAGGUGUACCUAAUGAAGCUGCCGGUGAGUGUAUAUACAAAACAAGAUGUACUGCUAACAGUCCAAUCAAUGCAUUUCUAUGACGACCUCCUAUCCUGUAGUUGUAUAUUUAGAGUAGAAAGGGAUAUUGGUGUGUUAAUAAAAUGUAUUAUUAUAAUUAAGCGGCACAGGCCGAAGUCAAUCAGCCAGAAUUGAGUCGUCAAUAAAUUAUUUAUCAUUUCUGCGCAGCCCGGUACCAAAUGCGCCACGGACCGGUCCGCGGCCCAGUCGUUGGGGACCCCUGCUCUACAUUAUGGGGCUUAGAGUCCCAUGGGGGUAUUCAGUUGUGGAGGCCUUUGAGCGCAAGAAACUGCUACAAGCGAGGUAUGCGGUCAGCACUAGGCUUGACCCAGGGAAGAGGACGUCUCUGCUUUGCUUAGUCCCUUGAGCUGGAGCAUUUUAACAACCUCUAAUCGGGCAUGCCCGUGAUCUACCAGUCACUGGCCACCAUCGAUGAGGGUGUCUAAUGAUAAAGGCCGAAACACCCUGACUCGUUGGAACACGACUGAUGAUGUGUCCCAAAUUUAUAUCUUUUCCAUCACAGUUUCCAAGCCACUCUCGACAUCAAGGCUAAGCUCAUGUAAAUAACAUCUAUUGGCACAAUGGACAGAAUAACACCACGUCCAGUGUUUAUGGUUCUUCUUUAUUUAUUGAGUCGGUGAUCACUGAGGCUUCACUGACCGGCAACAAGAUCACAACCACAAAGCACAAUGAUCAAUGUUUGUAUGUCAUUUAUUUUCUUUGAUAAAGGCAAACACACUUAAGCAUGAGAUCAAACUGCGUAGACAAAUUUACAUGUUCCUUCUUUUCCCGCAUAGCCUUCAGAUCUUAGCAAUGGUGGAUGGAAUCCCUCAGACCAGUGGUUCUUAACCUGGGUUCGGUGAGAAAGUCUCAGGGGUUCGGCAAAGGACCCGCAGGGCAAUAUUGUCAUACGCUGACUAAAUCUAAGUGGCAUGUUAGAUUGGGUUUUUGACUGUCUUGCCCCUAAUUUACAUGCUUUAUUCCAUUUCUUUCAACUGCUUAUUCUCUAUCUGAUGGGAGGAGAAGCUGUUUUGCUCAGUGGAAGGUUGACUCACAGUUGGUAUGAAAAAGUACAACAGACUGAUUUGCAGUAUGGACUCAAAUUUUUACGUGUUUACAGACAUGCUGUUAAAAUGAGAAAAAAUAAGGUAAGAUGUACAGUCCCUGACAAAAGUCUUGUCGCUUAUCCAUUUUGUAGAAACAAUUGCUAAUUACCUGACUUUUAACUAUUCAAUUGGUUUCAGAAAUGGCUCAUAUAGGACUCUCCCAAAUGAUGUUGAAUGGACAAAAAUAUAUCUUUCACUGAAAAACGAUAUAUCAUUUAAAGAAGACAUAAAUGUCAAAUUUUGGCAAGACAAAAAUUUGGCGCC